AUUCACUACUAGACGAAUCCAUCCAAAUUGACCAUAUAUCUAAUAUUUUUGAAUAAUCAAGAAAUUGAAAUAUUGGUGUAAGCAUCACAUCCCCAUCCUCAUUCUCCGCCAUAAAUAACCCUUUCACCAUCUCUCACUUUGCUCCGCCAUCUACACCUCAACUUCUUCUUCUUCCUCUCUCAAGAAACAAUAAACUAACAAUGGCGGUUAAGAGAUCUCCUAAGCUAACACAAACCGCAAUGCUGAAGCAAAUCCUCAAGAGAUGCUCGAGUUUGGCUAAGAAUCAAUGCUAUGAUGAGGAGAGCCUGCCUGUAGACGUACCAAAGGGUCAUUUCGCGGUCUAUGUAGGCGAAAAGAGGAGCCGGUACAUCGUACCCAUAUCCUUCUUGACUCAUCCUAAGUUCAAGAGCUUGCUUCAACAGGCAGAGGAAGAGUUCGGGUUCAAUCAUGACAUGGGACUCACUAUUCCUUGUGAAGAAGUUUUUUUCCGCUCUCUAACAUCCAUGAUCCGAUGAGUGAGUGGAAGAGAAAACGAGAGAGCUUAUUAUAUAUAUAUCAUUUUUUUUUUGUUACCUUUGGAUGAAUAUUGAAUCCAAAGUUUUUUUUUUUUCCAAACUAUAAACCUAUAAUGAUCCGCGUAAAGUGACCCUUUUAUGUGGAUUAUCUUAAACCUGGGUUUUAGUUUGUUAAUUCCAAAGUGUAGCACCUUAUGGUUGUAUUGCAUUCAAGGGUUGAAAUGUAAACCUAAUUUAUUUUUGGUAAGCUGUAAUAAAUUUUGAGUGAUGGCUUGCGCUAAUAAGAACUAGUAGAUAUUGUUGAUAGUUCAUAUUUUUUCUCAAUGUAAUGAAAUUAUCGAUCAAACCUCCUUCAACUUAGUUCCAAUAUAAUUUGUAUUAUUCCUCUUUUUUGCUUCAAAUAUUUUUAAGGGUUAUCUCCGUUGCAUUGUUGAUUUUGUUAUAAGCAUAUUGUAGUAUUUAUUCAUUAUCAUUUCCGGAAUAUCUACGUUAGACAUAAACAUUUACUACAAACUUGAAAUGCUUCACAUUAUCUAUAGACUCUAGUCUCUAGACUGUAGACUAAUAGGUGUAACAUAUGGGACCAUUGAAUUAAUGAACAAAGAGUUUUAAAUUUGAUUGUCUCUAGUGAGAAAACAAAAUAGUAAAGAAGAGGUAGGUGAAGCAAAGCAUUGUCUCUAGUAAUUACUUGGUGCACAUAUAUAUACAUAUCUUCUCAACAUUUAAAAGACAUAUAUAGACAUAUUUAGUAGCAUAUAUUGAAAAUAUAUAUUCAAUGCACUUAGCUUCGCUCUUUGCCAUUUUCCCUGCUAGCCACAAUUGGUGUUUGUAAACGAUGCAACUAGUCUUCUUAAUAUGAUGCACAUACUUCUUUUUUUUUUCAUCUAUCUCUCAGGAAAGUAUUAUUUAUUUUGGCUUGGAAUAAACGGCAUCCACAUGUACCAAUAUAAUAUCUCUAAUAUCUAUUAUGCCUCAUCAUACUCGCACAUGUAUAUAUACUAAAGUUAUUUAUCCUCGUAACCUCUAUAAAAGUAAAUGAGAAAUUAUGAAAGAUAUAUAAACUUUUAUAACUAGAAAAUGUUAUGUUUACACGUACCUUAGCUUAUAAAUGGACUUCUAACUAAAAAAUGAUAUUAAUAAAUUUACAUAUUCGUAAUACUUGGGAGGAAGAUCACGUAUCCCGGAUGGUGGAGUCAUAUGUUGUUAUCCAACAUGAACCAGUGGAAAAUGAGCAAGUUCUUUUUCUUUGUGUUCCUUGGAAAUGCGAGGAUAAAUUCUCAUCAGGACUAGGAUGUUGUUCUUUGAGGGAUUUAUAUAUAGUUUUGAUGGAUGCCAAGACUAAAUGAGUCUUUUCUCUUUUCACUUGGAACUCAAAACCCUUUAUGAGCAAUGGUGUGUGUUCUGGAAGUGGAACACAUAAUGCAGUGUGAUGUUUUCCGAGAAGAUCAUGCAUGGAGCUAAGUGGAGCUUUGUAUGAUGAGGAUUGGAACUAAUGCGGCCGCUUUUUCUUCCGGUAAGUAGAUGAAAGAGCUGGUGGUGGUACGUUGGAGGAAUGUUUUUUUUUUACACUUUUUAGUUUGCAUUUUGCGGCUUUAGUUUGUUGGUAACAUUUUGGCUUUUAAGACUUAUGUUUAUGGUCCAUUUUAGCUUUUCUAUCGGAUAUUUUUGUGUUUGCUUCUUUUGUUCGAUGCUUGAUUGGGUAUAAGACCCCUUCCUUUAUGUGA